AUGCGAGAAAUCGUGCAUCUGCAAGCUGGCCAGUGCGGUAACCAGAUCGGUGCUAAGGUCCAUGACAUCGCCAGCCUCACCUUACUUGAGGUUUCAGACCUGAACGACUUACUAAAGAAAACCUUAAAUAUUCAAGAUGUUGGAAUGAUGCCUAUGGGCGCAAUGGCAGCGGCACCUGCAGCACAGGCAGUAGAAGAGGAGAUACUCCCAGUCAAGAAAGAGAAAACUCAUUUCACUGUAAAACUGACAGCAAUCAACGCAGCCGAGAAAGUCAAAUUGAUCAAAGAAGUCAAGAGCUGUAUGCAAGGCCUGAAUCUUGUUCAGGCCAAGAAACUAGUUGAGUCUCUGCCUCAGGAGAUCCGUGCAAACGUUUCCAAAGAAGAGGCAGAGAAACUGAAGGCAGCCCUGGAGGCCGCUGGUGGCACUGUGGAGUUGGAGUAGACCUGUCCGUUCUUCAUCCUCUUCGUCCGUCUCUCUUUUUUUAUAUAUAACAACGAAAGGAAUUUAAGGAAAAGAACUGCCUUUAAACAUUGCCACUUGGCCCACGGGUGACUGGAAGGGGUGGCCGAGCUCACAGACUGAACUGAAACAGGCUUCGAUCCUGCAAACACUCGCUACCCCGUUGCCUGCUUGUCUGUAUGUCUCUCGCAGCCACUGAGAGUUACUGGUGUGAUGGCCCUGUGCAGUGCCUCUGUGUCUGUCUGUGUGCCUGCCAGGAAACAGGGCUAGCUCUCGGCACAGGGGACAUGGUUGACAUUUCCUAAGGUGAAAUAAACAUGACAUACUGUA